AUGUCGACGAUUGUUAUUCUCUCUUCGUCGCCACCUCGAGCCUUUGCCCGGUCACCCACCCCCUCUGAGCUUCCACCCCCAUUACCCUCACCCGGCUCAAUCUUGAGCGAUGUUACGGAAGGUUUGAAGCGGUUCAAAUCUGUAAACAAGACAAGAGAUGGAUUUUCCGAUGGUUUCAGCGGCGUCCGUUCGUUGCUUACAACCAAAGCCGGCGUGGAGAACAUCCCCCUGCACUCUCCAGGCCAAGACAGCUUCCAAUCGACAGGCUCAGCGUCUGUGCCAGAGAGCAGCGCGGACGUUGCCACUGGAGCAAAGUUCCUUACCACGACACUGAGCUCGCAGAAUGAGCAGCAUUCUGAGCAUGUCAAAAACCCCGAGUCUGGAGGACAAAUGUGUUAUGAAAGCCCUGAAGCCUCCCGUCAGGCUAAAAAUUUUGAUUUUCCCAAUGACGGCACUCAUAUACCACAAUCUAAUUCCCAGGCAGAGUCAAGUUCAUUGCAAUUGGAAAAGGCUUUACCAAGGCGAUUGGACUGGACUCCUGCUAAACCACAUGCUAAUGCUUCGGCCAACAUUUCGGACUUGGAAGAGCCGUCUGUCGGAUUUUCCAAAGAUCUUCUGAAUUAUUUCACGUUUGCUAAAACCCUUGCCGGAGAAUCGGCGGACAAGAUAACAACGAAAAUCGAUACGCGUGGGGAACCAACAAAGAGAAGGCGCAUUGAUUUUGCUAUGACAGCCGAAUCACAUAACAAGGCGUCGUUGCUCUCAGACAUCUCAAGCAAUCGCGAGGAAUCAAAAAAGGAUGGAGGCAAGAAAAGAAAUAAAUCGCCUUCCAAGAAGGCGCUUACAAUAACUGGUUUAGCAACCUCAAAUUAUGGUGAUGAGCAGCAAAAGGGCAGAAAGACUGCACCAAUGCUGGAACGUCUGACUGCAACCCAGCUUGGUGCGGGAUGCGAGUUGGAAUCCUCCAUGGAGAAAGCCAGGAAAAAGCCUGCCAAACCAAGAGCAUCCAGCAAGAAGGCUCCCACGAAGAGUCGAUUGGUAUCUCCAACAUCGGCGCUGAAGGCAUUUGAUGAUCAAGAAAUGCUCUUUGGAUCAGCAAGUCAACUGGCCCGUGACGAAUCGCCGACCUUGAUGAGAGAUACUCCAGAGGUCCUCAAGCGGUCAGAGUGCUUCCUGUCGUCUGAUCCCAUUUCGUCCCAGCAGACGCCGCCAUUCUCCAUCGAAUCAAUGUCGGCCAAAAAUUCUUGGGGCACCAAUAGAUUCGUGAAAAGAAGAAAUCUAUGGGGAGCUGCUGGUCGAGAUGAAGACAAUGCACUUCUGCAGGUUGACACAAUUGAUCUGAUAGAUUCUCCUGCCGUACGUCUAGCUCUUACCGGGAAAGAUGCCCUUGUUCAGCCCGCUGUGCCUGGUCAUCAGAAAAAUGGAACUGUUCGGAAAGAAAGGACGAUAUUGUAUCAUGAUGAGACCCCGUUAACUAAAAAAGGUGAAUCAAUGGUAGACAUUGACGACAUUGUCACGCCUGCGUUUCAAGCUACAAUCAACUCACCAACACGAUUGCACGUGAGAUCGUACCAUACAGCCAGACCUCUGGAGGCACCGCAGAUACGACCUGGUAAAGGGGCUCAAGACGUUGACGAGAAUUCAAGAGAGAAGAGCGCUCCACAAAAAUCUGCAACCUCACCCGUUAGACCAUCUUAUGCAGGCUUCUCAACUCAUGACUUACAGAAGCAAUUAUCCGCGUACGGGUUCAAGCCUAUCAAAAAACGGGAGAAAAUGAUUGAAAUCCUUGAUAGAUGUUGGGAUGACAAGCAUGGCGUGACCCCCGAUGAAGAAGAAGAAGAGCCCGCCGAUACAACGAAGCACGGUGAUUUCCUAAGUAAGGUCCACGAUAUUUCUGCUCGGCAAGUCCCGAAAGCGAAGAAGGCACGAGCGAAGCGCAAAUCAGAGGCUUCUGACCCGACUCCAAUGGAACCCGAGGAGAGGGAAAGGACCGAAACAAUGUCAAAGGAUCCCGUGAGCGAAGCAGAGAAGACUCCCCGAAAGCGGGCGACGAAAAAGAAACUUUCGGACGAGACCAUCAUGGAUGUGAAUGAUAUUGACUCCCUUUCCCUCAAUGUUGAAGAUGAAGGAGGACCGGCGGAAAAGAUAAUCAUGAAGCGGAAGAAGAAGACCUCGAACGCCAGAGCCCCUUCACGACCUAAGAAACCAGCAACACCUCCUCCUACACUACCCUCGAUCAGCUUUUCGCCAUCUCCUGCCUUUGAACCUCUGCCUGCAGGCCCAUCGGUGCAGGACCCUUCGACAUCAAUUCUACCCCCGACUUCGAGGAAUCGCGAGAUCACGACCCCCGGUGCAUUGACACCCGCGCAAACCCCAGCCUUGCCAGACAUCCAAACACAAAUCCGCGCCGCAAUCUAUUUCACUCCUUCAAACCCUGACAGGGUAAGGAACCACACUCUUUCCCCGACCUGGCGCGAAAAGAUCCUCAUGUACGACCCGAUCGUGCUUGAAGAUCUGACCGUCUGGUUGAACACGGAGGGCUUCAGGCUUAUCGGGGAGGAUCGAGAAGUGAAUCCACUUGAAGUGCGGGCCUGGUGCGAGCAGAAUGGGAUUUGUUGUCUUUGGAAGGGAGGAUGGAGAGGACGUGGAAGAUGA